GCCAACUCCUUCGGGACUUGGGGCCAGCUUGCCUGUCCCCCCUGACCGGUGGCAUUGUCCCUAGUGUCACCAGGCAGGGAGAGCUGUCCCUGCUUUCCAUCAGCACCAGCACAGCCCAGCCGAGGAGGGAAGCGGUCACUGGAGGGAGGAGGGAUGGAUGAGAGCAGGUACAGCAGCACCACAGCCUCUGCAGCCCCGGGUCCUGCCUGACCACACGGAUUGUGCAGCUGAAGUCCUUGAUUUUCCUUCCACUUGAAGAGAGAAAAUCGCCUCGUCCCUCCAGCAUGAGUGGACUGUGUACAGAGAAAUUCAGGGGCACAGGUGAGGUUUGUGCUGCUCAUGCAGGCACAGACAGCAGAUUUCUGAGCUUGCCCUCAGACCUGCACACAGCCAGGUACAUCCAGAUUCUUCCACAUCUGCCUCCUUGCUUUUUCCCCCCCUCAUACUUUUCCAUGCUCCCAGAGAAAUCAGGAGGAGAACCUGAAUGUCUCUUUGCCUCAAACUCUGCAGUUACAAGGGGAAAUGAGAGGGACUGGGAGGACAAUUUCAGCGAGCCGGAGGGUUUGGGUGGUUUGUAGAUGUGGCACGAGCAGGCAGCAGAACACAACACCCAGAGGAGAAGGGAGGAAGGAAAGAAAACCCGACACACAUUCUCCGAAAGAAUGUGCCAGAGAGCAAGGAGGCAGAGGAAGGAUUCACACUGAUGGAUUUCCAGCCCAGGGGAAUAAAGCAGAAUGGUUCAAGAAACGCAGAGGAAACCAGAAGUGCCGUGAGAGGAGAGGGAAGCAGGCGCUGUCCGCAGCUGCAGCAGCUGCCCCCAGAGCCCGAGCCAUGGGAAGCCCCAGAGCCUCGGUGGGGAGAGCACCUGAGGAAGUGCAGAGGGAAGCAGCAGGCUGUCUGUGAGCUCCCAGCUCCAGGUCACCACCAUGGAUUCCUGCAGGAUCCCUGCAAACGCCUCCAAGUGCAGCGGGACCACCAUGGAGUGCUUCAUGGUGCUCAGCACACAGGCACAGAAGAUAAGCAUCGGUAUCCUGUGUGGCCUCUUUGGGACAAUGUGUGUUUUUGAGAACUCUCUGGUGCUCUACCUGAUUUUCUCAUCCCCUGGGAUCAGGAAGAAGCCUUCCUACCUCUUCAUCGGCAGCCUGGCCCUGGCUGACAUCCUGGCCAGCAUCAUCUUUGUCUGCAGCUUCGUCAACUUCCACGUGUUCAACGAGGCUGGUUUCUCCAAGGAGGUGUUCCUGCUGCAGCUGGGAGGGGUGAACACGUCCUUCUCAGCCUCCCUCAGCAGCCUGCUGCUCACGGCCCUGGACCGCUACCUCUCCAUCAGCCGGCCCUCGGAGUACAAGCUCCUGAUGACCAGGAAAAGGGCCUGGACAGCCCUGGCAGUGCUCUGGGUGACCUGUGCCACCAUUGCUGGCCUGCCCCUGCUGGGCUGGAACUGCUGCACGCUGGAUUCCUCCUGCUCCGAGCUGUUCCCCUUUGUGGAUGACAAUUACCUGUCGGGCUGGCUCUGCUGGGUCGUGGUGCUGCUGGGCUGCAUCGUCUGCGCCUACGCCCACGUGCUCUGGAGGGCUCGGCGGCACGUGGCCUACAUGGAGCAGCAGCAGGCACAGGCAGGGAAGCAGAACAGCAGGAUGAGGAUGGACGUGAUGCUGGCCAAGACCCUGGUGAUGGUGCUGGCUGUCCUCAUGCUCUGCUGGUCCCCCGUGCUCGUGCUGAUGAUCUACAGCAUCUUCGGCAGGCUGAGCGACCGCCUGCGCAAGGUGUUCGCCUUCUGCAGCACCCUCUGCCUGCUCAACUCCAUGGUCAACCCCAUCAUUUACGCCCUGAGGAGCAAGGAGCUCUUCUCCUCCCUGAGGAGGGUGCUGUCCCACUUCAGGAGGCAGCUGAAGGCCCCUGAGGAGAGCCCAGAAGCAGAGAGCAGCCACAAGUCCUCCGUGAUAGAGACCGUCUGCGAGGACACGCACACCGUGUAGGGAGGCACCGGGGCAG